UCCAGCCAAGAAAGCCAAGAGCCUCAAUUUAUCAGCAAUUUCGGUGGGUCUUGCUGAAAAGUGGUGCCUUGAUCCCACAACACAGUCACGAGGAGAGCUCCAGCUGCCGCCGAGGGGGCUGGGGCUGGGGCUGUCCCCGGACGUGCCAGCACCGGGCUGGCCGUGUCCCCGUCCCCAGGCACGCGGGCCGGGCAUUCCUGGGGGGCCGGGCGUGCGGGGCUGCCGGGGCCGGCCCCAGCCCCCUAUAUCAGCCCUGCCCCCGGCAGCGCCGGCACAGUGACAGCGACAGACCCUGCCCCUGCCCCUGCCCAGCCAUGGAUGACAUCUACAAGGCAGCGGUUGAGCAGCUGACAGAAGAGCAAAAAAAUGAGUUCAAGGCUGCCUUUGACAUCUUCGUGCUGGGGGCGGAGGAUGGCUGCAUCAGCACCAAGGAGCUGGGGAAGGUGAUGAGGAUGCUGGGGCAGAACCCCACCCCUGAGGAGCUGCAGGAGAUGAUAGAUGAGGUGGAUGAAGAUGGCAGCGGCACCGUGGACUUCGAUGAGUUCCUGGUGAUGAUGGUGCGGUGUAUGAAAGAUGACAGCAAAGGCAAAACCGAGGAGGAGCUCUCAGACCUCUUCAGGAUGUUUGAUAAAAAUGCUGAUGGCUACAUCGACCUCGAGGAGCUGAAGAUCAUGCUGCAGGCAACAGGAGAGACCAUCACUGAGGAUGACAUAGAGGAACUGAUGAAAGAUGGGGAUAAAAACAACGAUGGCAGGAUUGACUAUGAUGAGUUCCUGGAGUUUAUGAAGGGGGUUGAAUAAAUCUGAGGCCAGAUGGACAGCUUGAAUCUCCUAAACCCUCCAGCUCUGCAUCUCAUCUCCUUGACUCAGUCCCCUGGCUACCAGCAUGAAGACUGAGUGCUGAGAAGGGUGGCCAGGGGGAAAUAAAACCUGUUAAUACCCAGUGCCUCAGCUGCUCAUUCCUUGGAGGUUCAGUGACAGCUUCACCCCUGUUGUGUGCUUAUGAUUAAUGAAACCACUGCUGGGGGCUACUUCUGGCAAGGUGACAUCACAGCUGGAGCUUCAAGCCUCCAAGGAGGUAUUGUGCUGCCAGCCCAACAGCAAAGUCCAUCCAACAGAGCCAUGGGUGCUCGUGGGGAGCUGCCAUGUUCCAUCUCCUAACUCUCCCAUGGUGAGCAGGCUCAGGAGCUGGCACUGGUGCCUGCUGGUUUAACUGCAGCAUUGGCAGCAUUUUAGCAAUGAAAUAAGAAUUAAAACCCCCUUCAGCCAUCACUGAGAUCCAUGUGCCAGGGACAGUCCCUCUCCUCUCUACUUUCACCCUGGCUAUCCCAAGGGUACCCCUCCUCCUCCCUGCCAGCCUGACUGGCACCCUGUAAUGCCCAAAGAAGACCUCACUUUGCUUUGGAAACAUGAAUAAAAGCCAUUCCUGAGCUGG